AUGGAACGUUUGGUAAUUCUUGAUCGACUUAUCCAAGAGCAAAGUUUCAGUGUAACUAGCCUCAGAGAAGACAAGGAAGCCCUUGAGAAGAUAUUGACAGACCUCCAUUAUGAACAGAACAGGCCAUCUGACAGGUCCCAGCAGCAAAUGGAACAUCUUGCUAAUCAGCAGCACACAGUUGACAAAGAACUUACAAGAGCCAUGCUGCAGCUUGCAGAAGCUUCUAAGAUGUCAGGAAUUUCUUUUUUUCUUCCUUUCUUUUUUCUUCCUUCUUUCGUUUUCUUUUUCCUUCCUUUCUUCCUUCUUUUUUCUUUCUCUCUUUCUAUCUUUCUCUCUUUCUAUCUUUCUCUCUCUCUAUCUUUCUCUCUUUCUAUCUUUCUCUCUCUCUAUCUUUCUCUCUUUCUCUUUCUCUCUCUAUCUUUCUCUCUCUCUCUCUAUCUUUCUCUCUCUCUCUCUAUCUUUCUCUCUCUCUCUCUUUCUCUCUCUCUCUCUAUCUUUCUCUCUCUCUAUCUUUCUCUCUCUCUCUCUCUCUCUUUCUCUCUCUUUCUCUCUCUCUCUUUCUCUUCUCUCUUUCUCUUCUCUCUUCUCUUCUCUCUUCUCUUCUCUUUUCUCUUCUCUCUUCUCUUCUCUUUUCUCUUCUCUUCUCUUCUCUUUUCUCUUCUCUUCUCUUCUCUCUUCUCUUCUCUUCUCUUCUCUUCUCUCUUCUCUUCUCUCUUCUCUUUUCUCUUCUCUUCUCUUCUCUCUUCUCUCUUUUCUCUUUUCUUUUCUCUCUUACCUAAUAAACUUGAAGAACUCAAUGCUGAAAGCAGCAAGUUGGAACAUGAAAUUGCUUUGCUGAGAUCAAAUGUCCAUGGUGAACUCAGCCGCAGUCGAAGUGUUCCUUCCUUGAUGGAAGAUCCAAACCAUGCUCGCUACAAGAUGGAAAAAGAUUUACACCAUGUGAAGGAUGUAAUGGAUAAUUUAAGUAAAGAAGGUGCUCGAUUAUCCCAGGCCUUGCACACAUUAAAGCUUCCUCCAGAAAUGAAUGAUGAAAUAGCAACAAGUAAUAAACAGAAGCCGUCAACAUACAUGGAGACUGACCUUGAUUCAAAGGAAUCAUAUGACUUGGCUUGUGAAACCUCAUCCAUGUUUUCGCCUGAAGGCUCUUCUAAUCUUGAUUAUCAUGAAGGGCAUGUUGGUUUUGUUAAAUAUGUUCGUCCAUCUUCUUUACCAAGUCACGUACAAGUUGACAACAGUAAUUCGGCACCUGCUUCAUCUCCAGUACUUUUAGAAUCUCGUAAGGAGCAGCCAUUGCAUUCACAGUUGCCAUCGCAAUUCAAGGUCAUUGGAUUUUUCUUUUCUCUUUCCCCUUUUUCUUUUUUUCCCCCUUUUUUUUUCCUUUUUUUCCCCUUUUUUCCUUUUUCCCCUUUUUCCUUUUUCCCCUUUUUUCCUUUUUCCCUUUCUUUUUUGUUUCAUUUUGUUUCCUUUUUUUGUUUCAUUUUGUUUCCUUUUUUUGUUUCAUUUUGUUUCCUUUUUUUUGUUUCAUUUUGUUUCCUUUUUUUUGUUUCAUUUUGUUUCCUUUUUUUGUUUCAUUUUGUUUCCUUUUUUGUUUCCUUUUUUGUUUCAUUUUUCUUUCCUUUCAUUUUUCUUUCCUUUCAUUUUUCUUUCCUUUCAUUUUUCUUUCCUUUCAUUUUUCUUUCCUUUUUCUUUCCUUUCCUUUUUGUUUCCUUUUUGUUUCCUUUUUGUUUCCUUUCCUUUUUGUUUCCUUUCAUUUUCCUUUCCUUUCAUUUUCCUUUCAUUUUCCUUUCCUUUCAUUUUCCUUUCAUUUUGUUUCCUUUUUUUUUUUUUCCUUCCUUUCAUUUUUAA